UUGUUAUCAUUAUCAUUAUAAAAGCUUAAACACAAGUUAUAUUACUUUCUUACAAAAUAAUUCACUUUUCAUCUAAACAAACAUAUUCAAUUUCUCCUUCUCAAUUUGUUCUUUCAUUGAAAACCAUAGAGAAUAUGCUGCAUGAUGGUUACAUCUAUUCUACAAUUUGAGCUCAACAAUGUUGAUGGCUUUGACAACUUUCCUAUUGAGAGUCCAAAAGGAAAACAUAAUGGCACAUUUAACCUAAGUUCAUUUUGGGUUGACUCAAGAGACCAAAAGAUGUUACGAAAAGCUGCAAAACACAUUUUUGAUGUUGUUGUUGCAGCUGAUGGUAGCGGAAAUUUCACUAAGGUGAUGGAUGUUGUGCAUGCAACUUCUAAAUCUAACAUGAAAUGUUAUUGUCAUACUCGUAAAGAGGAGUGUGUACAUGGAGAAUGUUGAGGUCGACAACAAGAAUCUCACAAUGAUCAAAGAAAUCAACCUCAACAUUCCAAGGAAGACCGUGGAAGCCAUUUUCAACAACGAUGUUUAUACAAUUUUACAUAAGUGACAUGUUGAGUCCAAAUGGAUGGUUAGCGUGGAACCAAUCCCCAAAUUUUAGACACAUUAUACUAUGCCGAGUAUAAUAAUUUUGGACCAGGAGCAAGCACAAAGAAUAGAGUGAAAUGGUCACGGUACCUUGUCCUACCUGAUAAAUGUUAAAUUUACAAUGGUCCAUUUAAUUUCGAAGAAUCGAACACAAUGACUUCUCAAUAUAUGUACCGUUCACUCCUAAAUUUGGGGAUCGUACUUGAAGAACAUUACAGUAACUAAUGUAAUUACAUAAGACAUAACUUGAUAUUUGUUGUAAUAAUUCCCUACUUGAUUAUUCAAUAAUUAUGAAAUUAACCAAUGUAAAUUACAUAUAACAUAGCUUGAUUUUACAUGUAAUGAUUCUCUACUUGAUUAUUCAAUAAUUAUACAA